GGAGUCCGGUCAACGAAUGAAGGCCGCGAUUCCAGUGGCGGUACCCCGAACGAAACGCCCAAAGAACACUCCAGACGGCCCGCAGCUGAGCACACCAUUGUUUGGGGCGAGCGCAAAGGGGGACGACCGCCUCUUGCUAGUGGAAACGAGAAUGCCAUAAAACCAACACAAAAUCACACAGAAAACACAACACAACACCGCACCGAGCCAGCGGCAAGCACAGUGUCCGGUUGCCGCCAUGUCCUUUCGGCGGUGGGAUCCGGUGACCGACGCCCUCCGUGUCCUGGGACUCUCCGGCCGGCCUCCGAGGGAGGAGAUCGAGCGGGCCUUUCGGAUCGCCGCCAAAAAGCACCACCCGGACGGGAACGCGCAAGGCGCUAGCCCCGAUCCGGCCCGGUUCCGCCGGUGCCUCGAGGCCCGGAACCUGCUGCUGGACCGGMUCCACGGCAAGCACCGCGCCCGGGCCUCGCAUCCCCGCCCUUCCUGGGAUCCUCCCCCCCGGACCGGACACGGAAMGGGCAGCGGSAACAAGGCCUUUUUUGCCAAGGGAUUCCCCUUCCAGACGCUCCACGUCCUGACCACGAGGUCCAAGGUCGCUGUCAAGGGGGCCACCGGCGUUUUGGUCCUGGCCAUGGGCCUGUACGAUGGAUAUCGCCGGCACCGCAGCAGAGCCGCAAACCAYGCCCUGGCACCAUAGGGGCAAGGAACGCACCCCGGGGGUUACAGUUUCUAGUAGUGUCUACCGCAGUGGGUGUUGGGGUUGGGGUUGGGGUUGCGGACCGACUGGGCAACGCUGGAUGGGCAUCGAUGCAUUGCCGGUUGUCCUCGGCUKCUGGCCGUUCCAUGCGCCGGAGCGGAACGGAACGCCAAAACCAACAAAUCCCGCAUGACGCAACCGCCAUUGCUCUAGAGGUUCUGGAAAAAGCAUCAGGUUGCAACACUGCUUGACUGGAUUUUUUUGAAACCCCAUCAAGAUCAACAAUGAAUGACAUGCCUAGGAAGAUCCACCGGCUAACUUGCUUCGAGAGAAAGCAAGAGGGGUCCUCCACAGCAAUGGCCUACUAGUAGAGUACAUUASUACUGGCAGCUUAGUCGAUUCCGGGGAUUAAAGACGAUUGCAAACACUACUGCGACGAGCACAGAACCUACCGCUGCUCAAAAGCAGCUACUAGCGUUUMGGCUUGCCUCACAGUGGGGACGACACUGCUCUCCUCUGCUGUUUGGCCUGGUCCGAUCGAGACUUGGUUUUCUUGCCCUGGCCUGUGACAAGCAGACAGGAGAGGCRAACCCGCGAUGCCUCUUUUGGACUUCCAUCGGCCUCUUUAUUGGUUUUCGCGCUCCGGUGUCCAGGUUUGUHACUUCUUUUCAAAAACGGAGCUUGGCUUCCCGCACCAUUGGCGGAUUCCAUCUCCACCUCUACCGGUUUGCGYACAUUCCUUUGCAGCACCGAACUGUGCCGGGUUUUCAUUUCGUGUCGUUUCGUAUUCGGAAUGAUUGCGACACCCGCAUUCCACUCCACAGUCCUUUAGCUAGGCGCUUUGUCGUGACCUUUAAUAGGAAAUGAAACCCAUCAUUCAUA